UCUACUGGUUGCCAAGGUCAGAGUGUCAGGAGAACGCAGCAGUGAGGUUGUGGAAGAAGUGGAACAAAGGUCAGCAUUCAGAGUGGAAACAGACAGACAGCUCGUCCUCUCGCUCAGAUUAAACUUGUAUCCAACAAAUCUCAUCCAGUGAAGUGUGCAGAACACUCGUUGUUGUGAAGCCAUGGUGAUGAAGUGUACUGCGGUGUGCCUUGUGGCACUCUCCUUGCUUGGCAGCUUAUGUGAUGCUCAGUGGUUACACAAACCAAAUAACCAGAAGCCAGGGAGACAGGAUCCCAUCAAAACUCCGCCUCAAGUUCCCCAACAGGCAAAGCAGACAUUUGAGAAACCACUCACCUGGACAUACCCUGCAGAUCCCCAGCCUCAGCCCCAGCCUGAGGUGCCUUUCGAGCUGAGAUUUCCAGGUCCUGCUGCAACGGUUGCUGUCGACUGCGGAGAAAAGGAGGCUCUGGUGGAAGUCAAGAAGGACUUCUUUGGGAUUGGCCAGUUCAUCAAUCCUGCUGACCUUACCCUGGGAAGCUGUAAUGCUGUCGGAGAGGACCAUGCUGCCCAAGUGUUGAUUUUUCAAUCCGAACUCUCGAAUUGUGGCAGCUCAUUAGCAUUGACAGAAGAUGCCCUUAUCUACACCUUCACUCUGAACUAUAAUCCUCAAAGUCUGGCUGGUUCUUCUGUGGUGAGGACUAGCAAAGCUGCUGUAAUUGUGGAGUGCCACUAUCCAAGGAAGCACAAUGUGAGCAGCCUUCCUCUUGAACCUUUGUGGAUCCCAUUCUAUGCAGUUAAGGUGGCAGAGGAGUUCUUAUACUUCACACUGAAACUCAUGACUGACGACUUCCAAUUUGAGAGACCAAGCUACCAGUAUUUCCUGGGAGAUUUAAUUAAUAUUGAGGCUACCGUCCAGCAGUACCACCACGUGCCCCUCCGUGUUUUUGUGGACAACUGUGUGGCUACUCUUUCUCCUGUACCGUCCUCCGACCCCAGCUAUGCCUUCAUUGAAAAAAAUGGGUGUUUGGUUGAUGCCAGGAUCACAGGCUCCUCCUCAAGGUUCCUCUCUCGCUCUGCAGAUAACAAGCUUCAGUUCCAGCUGGAGGCCUUCAGGUUCCAGGGAGCUGAUAGUGGACUAACCUACAUUACCUGCCACUUGAAAGCAACAUCAGCUGCCUCCGACAUUAAUAAUGAACAAAGAGCUUGUUCCUACAUUGAUGGGUUUUGGAGGGAGGCCAGCGGGGUUGAUGGAGCCUGUGACUCCUGUGAGUCCGGUGGAUUUCCCACUGGUGGCUCAGGAGGCAAGUCAGCUGUGGGUACAGGUCUGUCUACCCCUGGUAGGAAGAUACGUGACGUGUCCGGUGAAAGUUACACAUGGGAAGGUGAUGUCACCAUGGGUCCAAUAGACAUUAAAGAGAAGAUCCAAUAGUGCUCUUUAACUCACUGCCCUGCCACCACAAUGGCCAUUGAAAUAAACAUUCUGAAUGGUU